GCAAGGUGACAAAAAAAUAAAAAUAAACGGAAGCAGCACUUUUGCAUUUUUGUGAGUAAUUCGCAUUUUUCCUGGAAUUUUCGCUGUGUUGCCAAUGGGAAAAUGUAGUUGAAGCCCCGUGGAGGUGAUUUAUGCAAAAGUUCCGUGGGAAACGCGUGGAAAAGUGACGGAAAAGAGUGCGGAGAGAAAACGCCAUUUGAGGUGAAGAAAAAAAAGAGAAUAAAAAGACUUUUUUGCCUUUUUCUGGGACUCCCUUCUGGAGAAAUCGAUCGGAAAGGGCGGGAGAAGUGUAGGAGGAGGUUUUUUUCGCAUUGUGAAAUUCCCAUUGUCUGGAGGUGAUUUUGGAGGUUAUGGUGUGAGGAGAGCUGCGCGGAAUUUCGAUUUGUAAGAAUGAGUGAGAGCGGAUCAACACAGGAGGAGGAGAGUCUGGAUCUCCCGCGAGUUUUCAAGCGGGAAAGGUCCGUAGAUAUGAAUGAGGGAACAAUUUCAGAGGAGGAGGAGUUCUUUGGUUUUGACACCGAGAGCGAAGGACUAAUCCUAACUCAAUCUUCACUUUUCUCCAGCCUCCCUCCCACUCAAUCGGCGGAUUUUGAGACUGCCACAGAGCUGGACAACACGGAGGUGGCCUCAUCGGCCUCGGACAUUGGCUCGGCCAUCUUCGAUCAUGACUACAUCUGUACGCAGGAUUUCCAGGAGAACAUCCAGCUGGCUAUGCGACGAUCCGAUUCCACGGACGAUCAGGCCAUCCGGCAGCUCAUGUAUGACGAUGAUGGCAUUAAAUUCAACGUUCAGGACAUUGAGGGGCGCUUCAAGCUUCUCAUUAACAUCUCCAGUUCCAUCCUCAACAGCAGGAGUGCUGAAUUAGCUGAUCAUGCGUCCAUUACGAACUUCCUGAGCAAACUCUGCGAGCAAACGGAAUCCCUCAAGCAUAAAUUCGCCCAGGCCAGUAGCGGGGAUGAUGCCCAGAUUCCGGAUACUGAUUCCGGGAGGGCUUCCAAGACUCCCCCUUCAAUGGGGGAAUGUCCUUUACUCGAGGAACCCCUUGAGAGGGUUGUCAAAUCACUCGAAGAAGGCUCCAGGGAAAAAAUUAAUAAUCUUGAUGCUCCUGGGAAUUCCCGCAAGGAAAUCCUCAAUGAGCAGCCACAGGAUGAAGCAAUGGCUAUGGAAAUUGACCCCAAGGAGCCUCAAGAGGACGCCCUCAGUGAAGCUUCCACUAUUCUUCAAACUGAAGCCCCUGGAGAGCCUCAAAUUGAACCCACAACAGCAGAGAAAGAGGCAGAAGAAGUUCCUAACCCACCAAGUAGUGAAAUUGAACCACAAGACACAGAACAAGAUAAUCCCACCACGUGCUUAGACGAAGCCUCAAUGGCAGAGUACACAGAGGUGCUAGAAAAGGUUGAUUUCCUUUCCAAAUUGGGCACAGAUGUGGUCACUUCAAUGGAUGAGAUGCGGAAGAAUCUUCCUCUAACAGUCUCUGCGGAAGUUCUUACGGAAUCUCGAGGAAUUUUCCGGAAGAAAGUCCUCGAACUUCAGCAAAUGCUGAAAUCUUUGAUUUUUGAGGAUAUUUCGGCGGAAAUUGGGAUUCAAACUGAGGAAGAAAGCUGCCAGGCUAUUCCGGAAGUUUCAGAAGCAACUUGUGAGAGUUCUGAGAAAGAUUCCGGGUCAAAGGAGAUCAAUAAAGUGGAAAUUGGUGUACAAACUUUUGAAGAACCUCCAUUGGAGAGAAUUUCAAUAGAAACUCAAACAACAGGGGAUGAAGCGGAGCCUGAGGAGGCCAGAAUUGAAGACGUACCAAUGGAAGAUCAGGAAGCCGUGCCAGAAAAAGAACCAGAACCAUUGAUUGAGAAGAUACUGAAAACGGAGGAGCCUGAGCUUGAUUUGGUGGGAGAGUUACCAGGAAAUGAGUCUGAUUUUGAUAUGGCAGAUGAAGAUUUAACUGAUGUUGAAGGAGAACUCCCUGGAGAUGUUGAUGGAAAGGCAACAAAUGCAGAAAUUGAGGGAGAACCGACAGGAUUGGAAGGAGAAAAAGAUUUGGCGGGAGAAAAGGAAGAUUUGAUGGGAGAAAAGGCAGAAGUUGAGAGGAAAAGUCAAGAAUCAGCAGGAGAAGAUGAAGAAGCGGAAGUUUCUGAAGAAAAAUCCGAAGCGAAGGUCUCUGGAGACAGACCAGAAGCAGAAGUCUCUAAAGAAAUGUUCAAAGUGGAAGAUUCUGGAGAAAAAUCCGAAGCACAAGUUUCUAGAGAAAGAUCAGAAGCAGAAAUGCCACAAGAAGUGGGUGAAGCAAAUCUUUCAGCUGGUUUCCCCGAGACUGAAGAUCCAAAUGAUAUUUCUCUUGAGAACGAAGCAGAAGAGCAUGAAACAAACGUUCCUGAAGUAGAGGAGCGUAAGACACCAGAGCCAGAGACAUUGGAUAAAGCCCCAGAAGGUGAAAAGGAAGAAGCCUCAGAAGAAGCUCCAACAACAGAAAUCGAAUCUCCAGGAGAGAAGAUUUCUGCAGAGCAAACAGAUCCGGAUACAUCUGUUUCAGACAAUGAUGAACCGGCUGAUCAACAACUUCUGGAUAAAACAGUAGAUCCUGCCAAUUUGCUGGUGAUUACCAAAGUUGAGAGUACGGAGAUUCAGAAUGAGCGGAUGAAGCGCAAACUUCUGGAUAUGCUGGAUUCAUCUUCAGACGAAGCAUUCUCCGAAGAUGACACGGAUGAUGAUCCAACAUUUACAAUUAGAAUGCUAAAUAGAAAGAGGAGGAAGCAAAAGCGAAUACGGGAUGAAAGUGAGGAAGAAGAUCAGGAGAAAGUUGAGACGCCUGUUGCUGAAGAAGAUAAGGCUGUUUCUGCAAAGGAUGACGUCUUAACCGUUGAGGAUUCUCAAAUAGUUGAAGAUGCUCUUACGCAGGAUAGUUCUGAGUUUGAUUUACUCAACUACACAACAUCUGAUCUUGAGGAAGAGGAAUGUUUCCUUCAGGAUAAAUCUCUGACUGAAGAGGCUGGUGGAUCGGUAUGUGAAGCAUCAGGAAAGAGUCCAGAAUCUCCUGUAGAAAAAUCAAAGGAAAUCAAUGAGUUUCCUGAAGAUUUAUUGGAGGGACUUCCCGGAGCAGUUGAAGCCUCUGAAAAUGUUCAGGAUGAUGAAAUAUCAACGGAACAAAUUGCAAAGGAUGCUUUGGAUAUUGUCAAGGAGGAAAUGUCCGAAGGGACGUUUGAUGAUGUUGAUUUAUCAGACGCCGUUCCCGCUGAACUGUUGGAAGCUGUUGAUCUGUUGGAUAAACUUCCCGAUGAAGCGGAUAUGCUGGACAUUAAUGAUGCAGAACCCGAAGUUUCGGAGAUGGAAGACAACACAGAUCUAACGAGUAUUGUUGAGGAGACAAAGAAUGUUAUCCUGUUGAAUAAUCAGGAGAUAUCAUCGCAGGAUGUUAAUGAGAGGCCAAAGGAGAAUGGGCACGACGAAGAGGAUGAUCAAAUGAACCAAAUGGAUCAUAUUGAGGAGGAAAAUCAAGAGAAUGAUGCUUCAAUACGAUCUUGUCAUCCAGUUGAUCUUGAUCGGAGUAUGUCAAGUGAAACAGGUGAUAGCGAUAGCAGCAAGGAUGUUCCUGCUUCCAGCUUGGAGCCUGUAAUCAGUGUUGUUGAGACGAUGGAUAAGAAAUCUCUCGAAGACUUCUACGAUGAUAUCAAUGACAAGGAGAUUGAUAAACUCCUGGAUUUUACAUCCCUCGAGAGGCGUCGCUAUGAGAGCUCUAGAGUAACAGAGAGCAAGGAGACGGAUAAACCGCGUAGGCAGGAGAAGAAGAAGGAUAAACUCCUUGAUAUUCUGCAGGAAGUAAAAGUGGGUGAAGUGACUGAAUCGAGUUCAGAGUCAGAGGAGGAUGAGCUGACGGAGGAACAGUUCCUACAGCAGUGCAAUAUGAAUAUGAAGCAUCGUUUAUUGAAUUUUUCAAGUGAUGAAUCCGGUGAGGAGUCAAAUGAUCUCAGUCUCAAUAAGUUGUACAAGAAGAAGUCCGGAGAUGAGGAUGAUGAUGUUGAUAGCAUUAAUAGUGAUGCAUCGGCCAUUGUUGAUGAUUUCCUCAUGAAUAUUGUGCAGAAAAAGAUUGCUGAGGAUGUUGGGGAGGAGAAAGCGAACGGGGAAGAGGAGAAAGGUGAAGAUGAGCCGAAGGAGAAUCAUCUGCAAUUGAAUGAAUCUGAAGAAGUUCAGGAAGUUCCGGAAGCGGAAUCUUCGGCAAGAGCGGGAAAGGAGAAUGAUCCCGCAGUUGAUUCUCCGAGUGACGUACAGAUUGUUGAAGACACGCAGGAAGAACGUAAAGGAGAAACUGCUGCUAAUGGGGAUGGAAGAGAAGCAGAGACUGAGGGAGAUGAAGGUGCGUCAGUGUCAAAACCAAAGGCACCAAAGGUUAGUUCAGUGGAGAAGAUAAUCAUGAGUGAUAAGAUCUUUGAGGGGAUUGACGUAAGGAAGGAUCUGAUGAAGGAGAAAAUCCCGAAGCAGCUGAAGAUCAUGUCGAGUGAUGAGGAGUCAGAGAGGGAGUCCAAGGACGAUGGAUGCUUGGAUACGUCAAUGUUCAAUAAGAAAGUUACCCCAAAGUCGAGUGAGGAAAUAAACAGGAUCCUUGCAAAGUAUGACAUCAACAAGGGCACAACAAGUCACCCCAAGGACACUCGUCCACCCUCGGAGACAAUUAGUUUAAGCUCCGAUAGCGAUGUGGACGAAGUGGUUGAGGAGGAGGCUGAACGAGAAGGAGGUCCACGAAGGAAUAUUCGGGCCAUGCUGAGUGAGGAUCAGCUGGAAGUUGAAACGAAGCGAGCUCAGCGCGAGGAACGUGAACGUAUUGUGCGGUUAGAGAAGAAAACAGACUCCCUGACGCAGCGGAUGAGUCAGACGGAAAAUCUGAGUCAGGAUGACAAUGAAAUUGUCCUUGAUUAUCAUACGAAAACAAAGAAAUUCAUCACUGUUCAUCCGGCCAUUGUGCGGCAGCUGAAACCCCAUCAAAUUGACGGGGUGCGCUUCAUGUAUGACAAUGUCUACGGGGGCGUUGACUACGUGGAUAAACAUGCAGGAAGUGGAUGUAUUUUGGCGCAUUGCAUGGGCCUGGGGAAGACUCUGCAGCUCAUUGCGCUCCUGCACACCGUGAUCAGGUAUCAGGAACUCAAAACAAAUCGCAUCCUCGUGAUUUGCCCCAAAACAACCAUCAUGAAUUGGUUUGAGGAGAUUCGCAAAUGGCUCAAACCCGUUCUCUGUGAUGUCAGCAUGAAAGUCUUCUUCUUCCCGGACAAUUCGGAUAUCUAUGGGAAGCUGAAGAUUCUCAAGGAGUGGCACAAGUCCGGGGAGAAGGGCUACAAAACAGCCGGAUGCCUCCUAAUUGGCUAUGAAGCCUUCAGAGUGUUGGUGCUGAAGCAGAGCAAGAAGCAAUCGCUCUACACGCAACAGGAAUCGGCAUUGAUUAAGAAGCAAGUCAGUGAGACUCUCCUCGAUCCAGGGGCGGAUUUGGUGAUUUGCGACGAGGGGCACAUGAUUAAGAAUAAAAAGUCUGCAAUCAAUCAGGCUGUGACGAAGAUCCGUACAAAGAGGAGGAUCAUUCUUACAGGGACACCAAUUCAGAAUAAUCUCAAAGAAUACUACUGCAUGGUGAAUUUUAUCAAGCCAAAUUUCUUGGGGACAGAGAAGGAAUUUGCAAAUUUGUAUACGAACCCCAUAAAGAGUGGCCAGCACAAGGAUAGUACGAAGCAGGAGAUUAAGUGUAUGAAGCAGCGAUCGUAUGUGUUGCAUAAGAAACUCUCGAGAUUCGUGCAGAGACGCGAGGCAGCGGUGCUGAAGCAAUUCCUCCCGGAGAAAUUUGAAUAUGUUCUCUUUAUACCAAUGACGGAGGUUCAGGAGCGUCUCUAUGAGUUUUUCUUGGUGAAUAAUCCGAAUAAGGAGAUCAGCGGGAAGUCCCUGAUUCCGGAUUACACAGCACUGCGGAAGAUUUGGACGCAUCCGAAGGUGCUGGAGAAUGCUUGGGAGAAUGCGAUGAUUGCGAGGGAGAAAAAGGAGAGAGCCAGGGCAAGACUGCAACCGGAAUCGGAGGAUGAGGCACCGGAUGAUGUGUUGGAUAAGCAAGUGGGUGUGAUGUCGGUGAUGAAUGAUUGGUGGAGGGCCCAUUUGACGCGCGAUGAUCUCGAAUCCAUUCUGCCGAGUAAUAAAUUGAGACUGAUCUUUGAGAUAUUGAAGCUGUGUCAGCAAAAUGGGGAGAAAUGUCUCAUUUUUUCGGCUUUUGUCGCCGUGCUGAAUGUUGUGGAACAUUUCAUGCGGAAGAUUAGCAAUAAGACCCCGGAGACGUCACAGAGGUAUGGGCUUGAGGGGUAUGAGGGUCCCUGGGAGCAUGGGAAGGACUUCUAUCGUUUGGACGGGAAGACACCGAAGACCCUUCGGCACUCAAUGGUGCAGAGCUUCAAUGAUCCCUUGAAUACGAGGAUGAGGGUCUUCCUCAUUUCUGCCAAAGCCGGUGGGCAGGGAAUUAAUCUAACAGGAGCCAAUCGGGUCAUAAUCCUGGACACAUCGUGGAAUCCGUCGAAUGAUCAGCAGAAUAUCUUUCGAAUUUAUCGUCUUGGGCAGGAGAGGAAGUGCUACGUGUACAGAUUGCUGGCCAUGGGGACGAUGGAGGAGAAAGUCUACUCGAGAUCCGUGACAAAGCAAGCAAUGAGUUUCCGUGUUGUGGAUGAGCAGCAAAUUGAUCGGCACUACAGUAUGGCGGAACUAGCUGAGCUCUAUACCCUCACAAAGACUGACAUGAGCCAACGUCCUGUUCCCAAUCUUCCCACCGACUUCCUCCUGCGGAAUCUCCUGCACAAUCACUUCAAUUUGAUCUACAAAUACCACGAACACGAUUCCCUGCUGGAGAAUAAGCCAGAGCAAGAUUUGAGUGAGGCAGACAAGAAGGAAGCUUGGGAUGCGUAUGAGAAUGAUCUCAAGACACAACGAUCUGGUGCAUUUGAUCAGAGUGCCCUGAGUCAGGGACUCCUUGGGCUGAAUAAUUACUUUAAUGCUGCCAAUUCAAACAUCCCCGGUGCGAUGGGUUACAGCAAUCCCGUUGGGCGUCCGUACGGCUCUUCAAAUUACGCCGCGACGUCUCUUUACAAUCAGUUGUCAUCGUAUCAGCCAGGAAUGGGAAUGAAUCAGGAGUUGAUGUUGAUGAAUCAACUGUAUCAGUCGUAUCCAAUGGGAAUGGGGAGUUCGGGUAUGCAGAACCCCUAUAUGGGGUAUAUGAAUCAGAGCUCCUACUACGGUGGGGGGCUGUAUCCGACCAGUAGUAAUUCGUCAAUUGCCUCAACGUCGUCGCUGGGGUCGCAGUACAAGAGUUUGCAGAAUUUAGCUGAAAUCGCCAUGAUGCCUGAGGCGAAUUUAAUCCCCACCACAAGUGGAAGUCCUUCGGGGGCGGCACUGCAGCACAUCCCGACGGCAAGUAGUCCGGGAAUGGGAUCACCAAUGGUGACAUCACCGAGUUCCGCCAUGUUGCAGCGAAGUACACCGAGUAGAUCGAUGUGGAACCUCAUGGGGGCACCACCGAGCUACUACACUCCAGGUACGACGACGUCACAGACGGCGGGGAUGCCGCAGAGUGGGAUGAAGACAACGCAGGCAAGUAGUACGGCUACCCUUGCGAGUGUCUCAUCAACUACACUUCCGGGGGCAUCGUCAAGGUCAUUUGGGAUACGCGACACAGCUGCCCUUGGGCCGAAUUCCCCCCAUACGAGCAUCCCGACGUCCGUGAUAACGACAGUUGCCUCCACGAGUUCAGGGCUCAUGUCGACGUUCACACGAGCAGAGAGUAAUGCGGAGAGACCGUCGAGUAGUACAAGCCCACAGCCACAUGUAAUCCUCAAGGCAACCAAUUCGCCGGCAAUUCAUCAGAAGGAGAAAGAACUCACACCGACAAAGGUCACAAAUAUGGGGAUUGUCUAUCCCACCAUGGAAUCCCGCGAGAGUACCGUUCCGAGUCUUGCCUCCCUCUCUCCGGCCACAAUAACGAAGAUUGCACCCACCCAGGCGCAGAAGACUCCAACAACAAUGGCAAAUGCGCUCAAUACAAAGCUCUCAAGCCUACUGGGGCUGCACAAUGUUACCGUAACCCCGUCGGCGAAGGUAACAAAGCCAUCGAGUACAACACUCACUCCCAUUGUGACGACAACUGUUAAGCAGGGCGUCAAAGUUACGCCAACGUCUUCCCCGAAAGUCCAGAGCGCGCACAGUGUUACAGUGAAGCCAACAACAGUGGCAACAACGACAAAUCAGGCAGCAGCAAAGCGUCAGGCGUACGUGUACACGGCUAAAGGGAAGAAGCCCGUGCAGAUGAAUCAGCAGCAACGUGUCCUUGUGGGGAAUCAGACGAGUAUAACGCCCAUUAGAGCAGCAGUUCCAGCCGCAAAAGCCACAACACUCACACCCGUGACCCUUGUGAGGACCCCCAUAGGGACGUCACAAGUGGGAACCUCAGCAAAGCCCCAGGGAGCUCAUCUAACACGUAGUUCACGUCUUGUGCCAUCGACAAUCACCAGUCCGCAAAUUGCAGCAGUACAGCAAGGGCCGAAAGUUCAACAACCCGUUCAACUGCAGAAGAUCCAACAACCAGUGCAGCUACAGAAGGUUCAACAACCCACACAGGUGCAGAAGGCACAGGGGCAAUUCCAGAAGGUUCAGCAACCGGUGCAGUUGCAUAAAACCCAACAGGCGAUACAGCUGCAGAAGUUGGAGCAACAGAAGCUGGAGCAGCAGCAGCAGAUUGUUCAGCGUGUAAGGCAGACAAUUCAAAAUCAGAAGGCGCAACAAUCGCCACAGCAGCAGCUGCAGAAGGUUCAAAUAUCUCCGCAACAACUGCAAAAGGUUCAAGUGUCCCCGCAGCAGCAACUGCAGAAGAUUCAAUUGCAGGCUCAGCAGCAGAAAGGGCAGCAAACCAUUCAACUGCAGAAGGUACAGCAACCAUCAACAAUGCAAGUUCAGCGUAUUCAGCAACCAGUGCAGCUGCAGAAGUUGCAGCAACCACCGCAAUUGAUUAAGGUUCAGAGUCCAGGUGGGAAGCCAGGAAUCACGAGGACGGUGACCAUUAGAAAGCCACAACAAAUUCAGAUUCAAACAGCCCAACCGGGAGCUCCGAAAUUGCUGAAUUUACCCCAAAAGCGUCCCUCAACCACCCCCAUUACGGAACUUAUUGGCAAUUCGGGCAGCGUUUCAAUCACGCAGGUUAAGAAGCCAAAUCUGGCAACGACGUCAAAACCAAUUCCAGCACCACAGAGCUCAGCGACGCUCCAGAAACUCACCGUUCCCGCACGGAGGACGGUCCACAAGGUCCCACCGACAGUUGUCAGUAAAGAUCCUGAAAUUGUGGAGCUCGACUGAGUUAUUCACAGCAAAAGCGCAAAACAACAAUUUUCUUCAUAAAAAAAAUGUAUUGUUGUGAUAUUUAUUGUUGGAAAAGAACUCUAAAAGAAGAAGAAGAAACUUAGAAUUAGAUUUUCCUUUAUUUUUAAUUUAGAAGCAAUAAUAGAAAAAAAAAACAAAUGAAGUCCCCCCAAAAAUGUAGUUUCGUUUAUAAUCAAUAGAACUUUUUUAUUUAGAAGUAUUUUUUCAAAGAAUUCUGUAAAUAAUUUAUUAAAAUGUAAAAAAAAAAUGAGAGAAUGAAGCAAAAAAAAAUAAAGAGUGAAGAAAAAUACCGAUGUGGGAGAAAAACGAGAGAGAGAGGGAGAAAAAAAACAGAAAUAUUUAUACACUGCGAUUCUCUUUUAUUCAAUACAUAGAAUGAAAAAUUAA